GAAAAGUGCAUUCGUGACUCGUAAAAGCGGACUCCAAGCAUAAAUCGAACUCUCUCUUGGUUUUAUCGUGAAGCUUGGUAAACAUUUCGGUGCAUAUUGCACAAUGGAUCGUAAAAUGGGUGCCCCUUCGAGCAUGAAGAGCGGCACGUCGUCGUCGUCGUCCGGUCCGGCAGCGGCGGGUUCAAGCUCAGCAGCGCCCACUGGACCGGCCACAGUUCAGGAGUAUGUGAUACGGGUGCCUAAAAACAUGAAAAAGAAGUACCACGUUAUGCGUUUCAACGCGACGCUCAACGUAGAUUUCACCCAAUGGCGCACGGUUAAGAUGGAGCGAGAGAACAAUCAGAAAGAGUUCAAGGGAAUGGAGGAGGUGAUGCCAAAGUUUGGUGCCGGGUCAGAGUUUAAUCGUGAUCUUCGCGAAGAGGCUAGACGUAAGCGUUUCGGGAUCAUCUCGAAGAAGUACAAACCCGAGGCGCAGCCCUGGAUUUUGCGGGCCGGUGGAAAGAGUGGCAAAAUGUUUCGUGGUAUCCGGGAGGGUGGUGUGGGAGAGAAUGCCGCGUUUUAUGUGUUUACACACGCGCCGGACGGAGCGAUCGAGGCGUAUCCGUUGAACGAGUGGUACAAUUUUCAACCGAUCAACCGCUACAAGGCACUGUCGGCGGAAGAGGCCGAACAGGAGUACGGGCGUCGGAAGCGAACGAUGAACUACUUUUCGCUUAUGUUCCGGAAGCGCCUGAAGAAGGGCGAAGAUAAUGAGGGCGAGGAGCAGGAAGAAACAAAGGGUAAGAAGGGAGAGGGUGGCAAGAGCAAGGAUCUGAAGAUCAGUGACAUGGACGAGUGGAUCGAUUCGGAUGAUGUGUCUUCGUCGGAUGACGACGAUGAGGAGGGCAAACUGAAGCAGAAGGAUAGUGACGACGAGGCGAAGGAUAAGAAGGCAAAGAACAAAAAGAAAGCACUGGCCGAUAGCAAGAAAAAGAAGCGGGAUGUGGACGAGGAAGCAGUCGAGGAGUCGGACGACGGUGAUGAGGAGGGCCGCGAGUUGGAUUACAUUUCGGACUCCAGUGUGAGCGAUUCCGAUCACGAAGCGAAGGCUGUGAAGGAGAUGAAAUCGGUCGCGGAAGAGGACGCCCUCCGGAAGCUGCUAACCUCGGACGAGGACUCGGAGGAAGAGGAGAAGAAAUCAGAGGAAGAGGAGGAGAAGGACGAAGAGAAGAACGGCAAAGCCAAGGAGAAGGACAAGGAAGGCAAGGAGAAAGACAAAGAGAGCAAAAAGAAGAAAAAGGCGAAGAAGAACAAAAACAAAAAGUCCGAAACGGACAAGAAGGAUUCGUCCUCCGAUUUCAGCUCGGACAGCUCGGAUUCCGAUGCUGCGGCAGAUGCGAAGAACAAAAAGAAGGUCAAAAAGGAAAAGGAAGGUGUUGCAUCAAACUUGUCCAGUGCCAACAACUCCCGCUCGGCAUCACCAAGCCUUGGACAGCUGGAGGGAAACAAACGCAAAUUGGCCGGUGCGAAUAUGCCGACGACCGAUUUCACCGGUUCGGAUAACAGUAAUAGUCCGGUGUCGACGCCUGCCAAAAAGGUGAAAAUGGAAUCGACACCAUCCCUUCCUCCGACCUUUGCCGGUAUCGUAAACUCGAGCAGUAAGGACGACUAUGGCAUCACCGAGGAAGCAGUGCGGCGGUAUCUGAUGCGCAAACCGAUGACCACGACGGAGCUAUUGACUAAGUUCAAAAACAAGAAAACGGGUGUUUCAAGCGAUAAGCUGGUGGAGACGAUGACACAGAUACUUAAGCGCAUCAACCCGGUGAAGCAGACGAUACAGGGCAAAAUGUAUUUGAGCAUAAAGGUAACCAAAUAGUGUGCUGCCAACGUUCCCUCGAGAAGUCCUUCCCCGCGCCCGAAGCUCCAUUUGAGCUAGGAGCAAAUGAACAUGCUAAAUAAAUCG